CAGGCAAACCUCGGCGCGUCCUCGUUCAAGGCGCGCGCGCUGCCGCUCCACCUCAACCUCACCCACACCCCGCCCAUCCUCGGCGACGACGGCACGGUCUCGCUCGCGUCGACCGACCCCGGCUUCCUCGGCACGUCUACGCUCCUCCCCAGCACGUUCGCGACCGGCAGCUACGGCUGGAAGGGCAGCAAGCGCCUCACCAUCGAGCUCCAGAACCCCGAGGGCGGCGAGGAGAAGGAGAAGGUCCAUGUUAUGCUCACGAUCAACGCGACAGUGAUCGGCAGCAAGGGCGCGAAGGACGACGAGGGCGAGGGCGAAGCGAAGGAAGAGGGCGGAGAGGAAGCCGCCGAUGCUGAAGCGGAGAAGGCGGUCGAGGAUGCCGUCGCGGAGGAGGCUGAG